GCGACACACCCCAACGCGAUUCCAGAUUGUGCGAGUACAGUACAGAAUGCGCACUGUCCGGGUCAUCUGGCAAGGUCACUGCCCGAUGCCCGCCACCCCCCUCGCUCGCUUCGUGGGAGCGUACCCCCACCGCCCGCCAACCUCGGCAGCCCUGGGAAGGCAGCCGGAGUGCAAGAAAGAAAGAAAAACUAACACGCGAAGCACAGAAACGAGAAAAAAACACCACAGCCGACGCCUACCGCAGCAAGCACCACGUCAAAAGUCUCGAGUGGAGCCUUGCCAUCCGACCAUCUGACAAAAUAAUCUAUUCAGAUCAUUCCUUCCUUCUCUCCAAACUCCAACGCCAGGAAACAACGAGGCAUUCUUAGCAAGCUAGGCGGACUGGAAGGAAGGGAGGGAGGACAGGGGGCGGAGGCCGGGUCUGCGGGAGUCUCUGGCUUUGUUGGAGGUGUAGAAGGAGGCGCUGGAUGUUGAACUGAAGGUCUGCUGCUAGCUGUGUGUGGCUAUGCCCCCCCGGCAUUGGGGAAGGGUGCUCUUAAGCCCCUCCCUGCCGCCCACCACGAUACGCAUCACGAGGUGCGACAGUGGUAAUGCCUCAUUAUCGGUAACAACUUGCGGAGCGAUUUCCCAGGUAACUCUGAGCGUUGGCCUAAAUCUAAUUGCAACCCCCUACUGAGCCUCUUAGGCCCGAGGCUGCUUGAACAUCUGCCUGGCCGCCGCCGCCCCUUUGGACGGAAAGUCUUCGAAUGUGGCUGCCAGUGGUGGUGGUCAUGUGUAAGGUACGUCCGGUCUCUUUGGUCGGCCGUGUUUACACUUAAUGGAAUUACAUGCAUAGCAAUCUGGUUAUGGGGGGGGGGUAAUGUAUAACACCUUGCACCCAGUAUUUUAGGAGCCAGUUCCCCCCCCUCUCACUCUCCCUCUCGCUGCGUCCCCCACACCAACCACCAGACAUCGGUCCACCCACGCAUCAAGCAUCCCAUACCUGCCUACCAAUAACAAUUCUAUUCACCUGCUACCUCCUUUACCAGUACCCCCUCUACCAACUGCCUUUCGAUAUGACCAAACAAUACGAACAAGAACAAUCGAACAAGCGGGUUGGCGAUGCGGCAAUCGAGUUGGGCAUACCAAGAGAUUGGGUUAAUGAUCCGUACAGAGGCCUCACCCCCAGAGAGAGGUUCGUGUGGCAGCAAGACGGUCCCCAAGACCGAUCAAUGCUAGGUCACCAGCAACAGCAGCAACGGCAGCAACAGCAGCAGCAACAGCAACAGCAACAGCAAAGAGGACGCUAGAGCUGUCCACCCCGCAACCUACACGAAGCCUUCCUUGGUCCUCACCCUCAUAAUAAGGGCUGCAGGCUCUGUCGCUCACUACCGACUUAUAAUCUACCGCCAGCCUAUCUUUGCUUCCCUUCCCCGGGGAUGUCAUCAACGCUUUCAUCCGAUCACCAAGCGACGCUCGACCUCCCCCUAAACAUUUCCUUGCCAAUCCCUCAACACUCUUUUUUGAAAUCGCCAUUUCCUUUUACAACUUCACUUGCAUUCUCUCUCUUUUCUCUUUUUUUCUCUUUUCCCUUGUACAACACCUUUUUCUUUUCUUGGGUCAUAAUAGAAGGGAUGGAUUGUGAAAUGUCAUGGAUCGCGGACUAGGUCAUAUGUUUCGGUGUAGGAGUGAUUCGGUUUUGGUUUAUGGUUUUUCCAUUCUUUGUUAUGUUCACUAAUUUCAAUUUCAAUCUCAAUUUCUGCUA